CAUCGGGUUGGUUUUCCUCGCGUACCGUCCGGGCCGUCCCAGCAGCGCUCUCACCCUUUCGCGGUAAUACUGUGCCCGUAUAGAGCCUGACCUCGCCGCGCGAGACUCGUCGCGAUGCUCAGGUCGACGUCGUCGGUGCAGUGCCGGAGAGGGUGGUAGUCGCGACGGGGGUAGCUCGCGGAGAGAAGAAACGCGGGGGUGGCCGCGUCUUUCACUCUCGCUCGUCCUCUCUCCCUCGGGGAUUUUUCGGUGCGCCGUUUUCGUUCAUUCCGGAGGUGGUCGCGAGCUCGCCGGGCGGGAAGGUCGUCCAAUUGCCGGACGAAACUUGAAAUUACUUCGGCACGUUCGAUAAAACGGCGCGUUAUCGGGAAACGAUUUGCCCGAUUCGGCUGGCCGAAGUUUGAAGAAAUACCGUCGGACAACCUACCGACGCCAGAGUCGGGGGGGUAGGUCGGAGGGUGAGACACAGCCGAUAUCUUUCUUUCCCUGGGAGGGCUGUGUACGCAAGGGAAAAACCCCCCCGCGAUAGUGCUCGAUUCGCCGCGCCGGAGGAACGAUGAUGAUGAUCGCGCGCGCGUUCUCGCGUGCGGGUUCCUUCAUCCAGUGUUGUGCCGGUCCAUCGGUGAUAUGCUGCGGCUCAGUGAUGAAUCAGGAAAGUGCUAUCUCGACGGAGUAACCGACACAGAUCCUUCUAAUUUGUUUUUGUCUACGAGUGUUUAAGGAAGCUGCGGCUUUCUCUUUCUCUCUCUCUCUCUCUCUCUCGCUGAUCAGCAGCGGUGCGAUUUUAACCCAAUUAAAUCAAUCGAAAGUUGAAGCUGUUGACUUAGCUGGGAAUAGCGCCGCACUUCCGGGAAGGGUUUGCGUUCGCCGGCGAGGUAUCUCGCGGAGGGCUUCCCUGCGAGAGUGACACGCUUUCUUCAGCGCCAGGAGGCUUCCCUCGGUCCCCCCUCCCUCCCCUCCGGCCGCUAUUUUUAUUUCAACGACACCUCGCGUGGCUUCGCGCGUAUACAUCGAGCCAUCGAUCAACCGAGGCAAAUAAGGGAUUUCCAACGUAUCGCCGUGUUUCGCCGAGCGUCUCGGGAUUCUCCACGCGAAGAAUACCUUCGCGCGCCAUAUUUUGUACCUCUUUAGAAGAAUCAGAAGCUGAAGGCCCGGUCGGUCCCUCCGCUCAGCGCGAAUCGGCUCUCGCAGAAGGAAUCGCGCCGACGAAUGUUCCGUUUAACUUCGUCGAGGCAGCGGUGCGACGUGUAUCUGCGAGAUAUGACAGCCGGAUACGCUGCGAUCCGUCCACUGAAAUCUGCAGUGACAGCCUGAGCGCAGAGAUUAUUUUCUCCGUCUCUCCCUCUCUCUCUCUCUUUCUCUAUUUUUCUCUCACGCUUUCACCGCUCGUCUUCAGGAUGAAACGAACGGCCAAACAUCCGAAGGGUGGCUUUCUCCUCGGCGUGAUCAAGGCCGGCGCGUUUUAUCUUUUUCGACACAUUAAGCACGCCAUCAGGAACGAGAUCGUCUUCGUCUGAGCGAUAAGACACGCGUGAAGCCUCCGGCGCGUCGUCGACGAACGGAGAAGCGGAGGAAAGCGGAAGCCGAACGCAACGCUUGGUCGAAAUUCCAAGAAAGAGGAGCCAGCUGGAAAUUCAUAUCCGGCGCGUCCGCAGUUUCCCGCGGAAGAGUGCGAAGUUGUCCUGCGUGACGGUGUAGAAAUAACUAGUUUUCGGAUUAGACGUUGAAUAGUAGACUUACGAGGAUCAGGAAGGAAGAGAGAGAGAGAGAGAGAGAGAGCCUUUAUUGUUCGUUAGAGCGAGGAGAUGAGGCAGCAGACACGCGAAGAUCAUUAACGCUCGCAACUCGAAGUUGGCGUAGAGCUGGUGGUAAUUACGGUUGAAAAGAGGACAAUGUAAUGUUUGUAAUAAGGAUGUACUCCGUCGUCGCCGGCGUAUCGGCGAAGUGUCUAAACUUCUUCAAUAAUCAUAAUCAGAUCUCCAAUUACGCGGCGAAGAAGAGGAUCUAGAACGGGACAAUUGCGAUCUCUGCGACUCUUCCGGAUCGUUGGAAGCCGCCGACUCGUCGGGAUGCUUCUCGCUCUAUUAACUCGCCGUCUUCCUCGGAUCAAUGGCCGAGUCGAGUUAGACGAUUAAGCAGCCGAUCCGCGGUCGUGUGUUUCUCUGGAAAUUCCUGGAACAGGGCUGUGGCGAUUCCUCGAGAUCGGCACACCCGAGAGAGGGAAAAUCCGUCGGUUCUCCGCUUCGCGAGCCGAAGAGACGACAGCGAUUCCCGAGCGCACCGGAAUCGCCAAGGACCAUUGGAAGAUCACGAUUAUCGUCCUCGCCGGAGGAAGGUUCGAAGUUGAACAAGCAACCCUGUCAAGCCCCGCUUCCGACCCCGGGAGCGCCGGCUCGAGUUGCACUGUGUGCUUGAGGAAAAGUCCAAGCUUCAUCGGACUCUUCGCCCUCCCGAGGAGAUUGAUGUAUCCCGGCGGCGAAGCGGCCCCCGAGAACCGCGGGAUGGACCGACUCGCGCGCGUCCGCGCCUCCGGCGGCGGUUAAAGCGGAAGUGGUUCUCGCGGCGGAAGACGAGGAAGGCGGUAUGAGAGGCGUCGGAGCGGCGAAGAAGAAGUGAUCGCGGCCGGAGGGGUGGGUGACGCCGAAGGCGACCGCAUCAAGAUGACGUCGUCGUCGUCGAUCCUGGCGCUGCUCGGCUUACUCCUGGCGAUCACCAGCGCCCAGCUGAGCUCGAGGAUCGUCCGGACUAAGUACGGCGAGCUGUCAGGCGUGAUCGUUACCCUCGAUCGAUACCUCGAGGGCGUCGAGGUGUUCCGCGGCGUGCCCUACGCCUCGCCGCCGAUUGGCUCGUUGCGCUUCAUGCCGCCCGUCAGCGGCGCCCUGUGGCACGGCGUGAAGGUCGCCGACAAGUUCGGACCGGUCUGCCCGCAGAAGCUGCCCGAGCUCAGCGACAGGAUGCCCAAGGGUAGAGCGGAGUACCUCAAGAGGCUGUUGCCUUACCUCAGGAACCAGAGCGAGGACUGCCUGUACCUCAACAUUUACGCGCCGGCCCAAGCCGGCGCAAGGGACGGCGGCGGCAGGAGGUACCCCGUGAUCGUGUUCGUGCACGGCGAGAGCUACGAAUGGAGCAGCGGAAAUCCUUACGACGGCAGCGUGCUGGCGAGCUACGGUGGCGUCGUCGUCGUCACCAUCAACUACAGACUCGGCAUCCUCGGCUUUCUAAACGCCAACACAGACUCGCACUUACGCUCACCGGCGAAUUACGGCCUGAUGGACCAGAUCGCGGCGUUACACUGGGUGCAGGAGAACAUCGGCUAUUUCGGGGGCGAUCCUGGAAACGUCACGCUGGUGGGACACGGCACCGGCGCCGCCUGCGUGAACUUCCUGAUGACCAGCCACGCGGUUCCUGACGGUCUGCUGUUCCAUCGAGGUGUCCUGAUGUCGGGCAGCGCGCUUUCACCCUGGGCGUUGGUAAGAGGCGCCGCCAAUUACGCCAUGCAGGUCGCCAAACACCUAAAUUGUUCGUCGGCGGCGGGAGAUCCUCAAGCCCUGCUUAGGUGCCUCAGGGACGUGUCCUUGAGCGAAUUGGUGUCCGUGCCUGUUAAAGGAUUGGAGUUCGCGCCGGCUUUCGGUCCCAGUAUAGACGGCGUCGUGAUCGACCCCGGCGAUCCCGACGAUCAGGACUACACCCUGCAGGUCGACACGAUCAAUACGCUCAACAACAUCCUGCUGAGGAAGGACGUCGUGGCGAAACUGUCGAGGUACGAUCUGAUGGUGGGGGUAGUUCGCUCGGAGGCGUAUUUUUCGUUAACCGCGGACGAUGCUCAGUACGGAAUCGAGGCCGACAGGAGGACGAAGAUCCUGCGCGAAUUCGUGCGGAACACGUACACGUAUCACCAGCCUGAGAUCCUGGCUACCAUAAUAAACGAGUACACGGACUGGGAGCGACCUGUGCAGCAUCCCGUUAAUAUUAGGGACGAGACCCUAGAGGCCUUGGGAGACGCGAAUACGGUCGCCCCGGCGACGAGAACCGCGGAUCUUCACAGCCAAUCCCAUAGGAACUCCUACCUAUACGUCUUCGAUUACCAGACGAAAUUCGGGGACUACCCUCAGAGGCCGGGUUGCAUUCACGGGGAGGAGCUGCCAUAUUUUUUCGGGGCUCCCUUGGUCGGCGGUUUAUCCCAUUGGCCGAAGAACUAUACUAGGGCCGAGAUAGCGCUCUCCGAGAGCGUGAUACUUUAUCUGACAAACUUCGCACGCACCGGGAAUCCGAACGAGGGCACUCCCGAUCCUGGACCCCUCGGCUCCAGGCCGGAAAGAACCAAAUUCAAGAAUAUCGAUUGGACCGCCUACGAGGCUGUCCACAAGAAAUAUCUUAGUAUAGAGCUCAAAUCGAAAUUGAAGAACCACUAUAGGGCCCACCGGCUUUCUUUUUGGCUAAACCUGGUGCCUGACCUUCACAAACCCGGCUCGGAUGAUGUUCCUAGGUCGCAUCACCUUCUCGAUGCUGAGCAGGUACCACCGAGAUUCAUCCAAAGGCUGCCGACGACCGCGAGGACCACCACCCUGGAGGUGACCUCCAUCGAGAGAGCGUCGUUCAACGCGUCGACCGCCAUCCCCAGCGAGCUGGCCUUCGAGGACACGACGGCGCAGCCGGAGGACGGCUUCGCCGCGUACUCCACUGCCCUGAGCGUGACGAUCGCGAUCGGCUGCAGCUUGCUGGUGCUGAACGUGCUGAUCUUCGCCGGGGUUUACUACCAGCGCGACCGUAGCAACCACCAGCACCAGAACUGCUCGAAGAAGCGGCAGGAGAACGGCCAGAUGCCUAACAACAUCUGCGGCGAGCUGGAGACCAAGACCGCCGAGCGCCAUCACAUACAGCACAUACCGCCGCCGGAGUUCGCCGAUCUCCAGAAUAAUACCUGUCACGUGCCUAUGCCGCCCCCGCCGCCGAAGAACACGAAGCCCGGCAAGCCCGGGCAGAACCUCAUCAUCAGCCCGAACCAGCUUCAGCAGGAGAGCCUGGCCAUGAGCGGCACCGGGACCCUGAAGAAGGGACACAACCACCCGCAGGUAAUGGAGGAGCUGAGAGUCUGACUCUAGGAGACAACGCGGCCCGCCAUGUAACACGGCCGCGACAGACCCGGACAGACCGCGGAACCGCUGGACGUCACCGCGAGAUCACUUCCGAGCGGUGUUUUCCCGUCGACAGCCUGGCUGUGAGCGAGCCCGGACCUUCCGCGUGAAGGACGCCGGAGGUCUCCGCAGCUCGCGCGGAAACCGAAGACCCGCCGCCGAGAGCAAUGGCGUGGCAACGACGUGGCCGCGAAUAGCUCGGGAUUACGAAAGGACAGCUAAGGUCAAAGUGAGGGACUACUUCGAGAAUUGGGGUUCCCCGUGACACUCGAAGAUGGAUGACGGGGGAGAGGACGAUUCUUUAAGGUUCCCGAGACUGUGCGAGCGACUCUGAGAUUGACUCUGAUGGGGAAUGAUGAGGGGAGCACGGUGAAUGAAGGAUCUUUAUUGUUACGCGCGAAGUAUUACGUAUUAGUGCAGGGGCGUAGCUGGGAUUUUGGGCCCGGAUGGUGACUUUCGCUAUCGAUUCUUACGUGGAGGCGGCGGUAGGCAGAGAGAAGGAGAGAGAGAGGGGGGGAAAGAGGUCGUCGACCACCGUACGAUUGCAUGGGCCCAGAAGCCUUAUAUCCUUUCGCUACGCCCUUGUGUUAGUGACAACGCCAUACUGUUAUCGUUUUCUACCUUUCGAAUCUGCGACCAACUGCCGAAAAAAUUACGUAGUCUUCGACGGAUAGGCGGAUCUGCGUAAGUAGAACUCUUCACCUCCGGAAAGAAGAAGUGAACGUGAGCUUCGGAGCGAACUUCCAGAGAGUGAUUACGCAAAAUUCACCGCGAAGUGGAUUAUGCGCGAACGGCACAUUGAUUUUCCAUUAAUACGUCGCGCGCGCGCGCGAGCCACUUGAUCAAUUCUCGAAUUAUCCUACUUUUAAGUGACUCUGGCACUCUAGCUCCAGCACUCUCCUUCGUAUCAUUUAUCUCGCUUCAUUAUAUUUAUAUUACUCCAAGAGGAGAGCUAGAUUGAUCUUUAUUUUGGAAAAUUCUUACUACUUAUUAUUAUUAAUGUCACAUUGUUAUUGUUAUUCAACUAUUAUUAAAGACAUAUAUCUUCCCUUAUACGUUGCAGGAAUUAUUAAAUGUAACAAUUGAUAAUAACGAGUAUGUUAUUUUUAUUUUAAUAAUAUUUUAAUAAUAUUUUGUAUAGGCUUUUAAUUUAUGUCCCGAUGAAACGAUCUCGAGUUCAAUUGAUUGUCUCGUAUUAAUUUGAUAGAAGCGCUCUCUAACGAACGUUAAUAGCGCUUCUUGAUGUAAUUUCAUUUAUUUAUUUAUUUAUUUAUGGAUUUUCGUUAUACUUCUAUGAUAUAUAGACUGAAGGUUCGAAUUGAAUCGUGCCGAUAUUGUUCUUCCGUGUGAUGAUAACGAUGAUGAUGUUGGUGAUAAUGAUGACGAUUAUGAUGGUGAUAACAAUGAUGAUGAUGAUAAUGACGAUAACGAUGAUGAUAAUGAUGAUGAUGUCGAUUUGAGUCGCUGCCACGACGAUUCAUUUCUAUGACGUCGAUCGAUCAAAUGCUCAAUUAAAGUCCCAAUUAACCCUUUCCUUUCCAACGACCAUAUGUCUACGUCAUUUCCACAAUGUGCACAUUCAUUUCCAACGGUAAUACUUCGUCAUGUGAAGUUUUUGCGGAACAAAAUUUCAAUAAUUUGGUCGGAAACAAAUGAAAUGAUGAUAAGAAUUCUGAUAAGCGAUUGCAGAAUGAUAUGUCUGUAAUUUUGCUCCGAACUAAAACAUAAAGUACACAUUACGUCGAAUUUUUGCAGAACGAUAAUUCGAUAGUUCACUAAGCAUUAGAGUUUAAAGUGAGAAAUUACGACGCAAAUUUUUGCAAGAGAAUAAAAUAUUUCGAUGAUUUCCUGCGAACGAAAGGGUUAAGCGACCGACCGUGUCCCGAGCGAACAACAAUUCUUUUAUAAUUAAGGAUAAAGUCAGAAGUCGAGUGACUCGACGCACUAAACAGCAUACUGCCAAACGAUCGUGAAUCGAGAGUGAAAAAUUGCGAAUCGUUAAGUGGAAAAUUGUGAAACGACGAAACAGCCGCGGUGGACGCGAUGGACAAGAGAAAAACGCGUCGUUUUUAACCUACCGACGUUUCGAGAGAAUGGGACAACUACAAAUUUAAUUCGUCUUUUUUUUUUUAACUUAGGAAACCUGAAGACUUCCAAAAGCGUUGCGAGGCGGGUACUCGCACGAACAUUAAUUUGUAAGACGUUAUUUUCUCGCGAGAAUUGUUUCUCCACUGCAUUAAUCUUAACGACUGACUUGCGUUUCUUGAGAUAUGAAUUUAGAGAUGAUUUGGUCGUAGCAGGGCUUUCAUUGAAUGCCAUUCCUUUAAGCACAGCCGUUAUAAUUAUUACGUCCAUAUCGCGCUAUUUUUAAGACUGAAACAUUAUUUGUAAGAAAGAAGGAGAGAUUAAAUUUAGGAUUGUCCUAUUUUUUAAGGGGUUAAAACGAGAGUUCUUUGAAGAUCCAGGUAGCGACAGACUGUUGAAGGGGACUGAACGAGUUGCGAGUUAGGAAAAUGUAAAUAAAGGAUAAUUAAUGAAUAAUUAGGUCUGUCGCUGAUGCUGUUAAUGAGCAAACAGCAACGAAGGGAGGGUUCGGAAAUAGCUCCGAUUGUAAUAAUAUUGCACGUCGACGAGAGAAACGGUAUGUCAGCGUAGUCGGAAGCACUGGACGUAAUUUUAAAUUUGUAUA